ACAAAAAUAAACUUGGAUGAAAAUGAAUAGUACCUUUUUUUUAAAAAAUUAGCAAUACACAUAAUACAAUUUAAUAUCUGUCUUUGACGGACGAACAAAUGGUACUGCGAGAUUUGCGUUCAGAUGACACCACGCAAAUAUUGCCUCAGUUCAGUCACUCAGUGACGUUAGUUAGCUAUCUUAGCUAAGAUAAGCUAGCUAUGAAGGCUUGGAUUUCCCCCAAUAAUUAGUCAGUUCUUUUGCUGCUAUACUUUCGUUUUCAACUGAAUCACUGUUGUCCAUUAAUACUUCAGUUACAGUUUGAAAAAUGGCCGAGCAAUACAUUCAGUCGAAGCUCGUUUCACUGCUCAAACAGGAGAAAAUAAAGCUCUGGAGUCCACCUUUUACAACGGACAACAAUGAAGCUAACCAACAACAAAUGCAGGAGCUUGCUGUUAGAUAUUCUCAAGUCGUCGACUUUCCAUUGCUUGAUGUGCAGAGAGCUCUGGAAGAAAUAAGGUCCGAGGCCAUCAAAAAAGGAAAAGGGAACCAGACCUAUAGAGAAACAAAUGUUGCAACUCUAGAACUUCAUCUGCCUAAAGAUAUUAGAACGGGUGGUAAAAAGAAAUGCCACUUAGAAACGAAACUGGAUAUUACUACCCAAGUCCUGAUGAAUAAGAUCACAGAGAAAUUUGACAUCAAACAUAUAAAGUUGAUUCUGAAUGGAAAGAAACUCUCUCCAGGUGAGCGACUGGAUGCGCAGAAUGUGAAGAACAACAGUAAAAUUAUGGUAUUGAAGGUGAGCGAGCCAGAAUGCAAAAGAGUGAUGGUGGAGAAAGAGGAAAAAACGCGUCUGCAGGACGAAAGUGUUCAGAGGACACGGAAAGGGUUUGAGAUCCUCUCAGAGCGAGAUGGGAGUGAAGAUCCUGCGACCACCCCAUUUCUGGAGAUAGCUGAUCAGAAAGGCAACCCUAUCCAGAUCCCAGCCAAGGAGAAAAAGGCUCUGAUUCUGGCCAUGGGCUUCCACGAGAAAGGCAGAGCCCUAAUGAAGAGGAAGGAGUAUGCUGCAGCUCUCUGCCACCUGCUUCCAGCAGAUGAGCAGUUUAGCAAAUGCAACUCUGCGCUGUUGAACACGGUGGACAACUAUGCCGUGCUGCAGCUGGACAUUGUGUGGUGCUACCGUGGCCUUGAGGUGCUGGACUGCCUGAACGACUGCAAACAGAGGCUGCAGAGAGCAGAGACCUGCUUCCUCAGGUGCUAUGGAGAGGAGCAACAGAGGCUGCAGCAAAUCAAGCGGAACACCGGAGGAGAGGAUGUUCUGUUUCUGAGGCUGUAUCUCCUGCAGAGUCUGCUGGCCUACCUGAAUGGACAUGGGACCCAAGCUGCUGAGAAGCUCAGAAAGGGUGAGACCCUGUACAGUUGCCUGACUCUGGACCCAGACAAGAUGAUGCAGCUGAUGAGUAUGGGUUUCAGUGAGCAGGAGGCCCGCCUGGGCCUGAGAGCGUGCAGGGGCAACGUGGAGCAUGCGGUGGCACACAUCACCCAGAGGAACAAGGAGCGGGAGGAGAUCAAAUGGAAGGAGAGGGAGAAUCGGAGGCGGCGUUUGGAAGGCAUCAACACGCUGGUGGAGCUGGGUUAUAGCAAUAAAUCUGCAGCCAGGGCCCUCCACGAGACUAGUGGAGAUGUGGACGAAGCAUACAGGCUCCUCCUGGAUUCGAGGGAAGCCAGCAGCUCAGGAUUGGCUCAGCCAGACACAAACAGACAGACCAAAGUGGAUCAGAUGGCCUACCUGGGCUUCCAGAGGGAGGCAGUAGAAGCAGCUCUAAGGUUGACAAGAGAUGAUGUUUUUAAGGCCACUCAGAUGUUGCUGGAUAACCAGGGGCAGCCUCCUGCAGACAUGCCAUCUCCCUCACCCCCCUCCUCCUCAUCAGAGGAGCCCAGCACCUCCAACUCUACAGCUUCAGGCUCAAGCAGCAGCUUGGAUUCAGACCUGGUGAAUGAAGUUUUGGAGCACAUCCCCAGACAUGAGGAGGAUUACCUGGACGUCACUCUGGAGGAAGAGAGUGAUCUGAUCGCUCAAAUUAAGUCCUAUCUGGACAGGACAUCUCCAUCCACCCACUGAAAGGAGCUGCUCAUGUAAGCUUCCUGGAGCUGUUGGAAGGUGACUUCAGAAUGUAAUGUUGUUUGUAGGACUGUUAAUGACAGGACCCUGAUCCUGGAUCAGGACUUUGUUGCAAACCAGUUAUUGAAGCCAUUUAAACUGUAUUAACAAUUGGUUUGUUUUGAUUUUUAAAUUAAAAUGCUUUUUGUAUCCAAGUUAAUUUAAUUUCGUACAUAACUGUUGUACAAAAUGUGAUAUAAAAUUGAAGAAAAAUUAAUUAACUAUAACACUUGCAGUUACUAAUGGUGAAGCAUCACCCUGUAUAAGAAGGCUGGAGUUUUUUCAUUCCUUUAGUAUGAAGCAUGGCACAAAAAAUAAUUAUCUCUCAAAGUGUUAUUUAGAUUUAUGUUGAUUUGAAAAGGCAAUUAAAAUAUUUGUUUUAUUUUAGUACAAGGCAUGCUUCGGAGUUGAUCUUUCAGAAUUUACCUUUUUUUUUCAUUCAUUCAUUGUACUCAUUUUGGCAACUAUGGUCAAGUUUAAUCAGUUCAAUAAGAAUUUGUUAAACAUGCAAUAAAUGUACAAACUUUGA